GGGCGGGGGGGGGGGGGGCGGGAGGUGAUGGAUGGAGACCGGUGGGAGCAGCUAAAUCCAGGCGGGAGCUAAAUUUCCCCUCCGGAGGGACCCGGACUUCUUGCUUGGGGUCUGGAAGAGGCGGCGGGACCUGCUGAAGGUGGGGAAGGUGGGCGGCGGGGAAAGGUGUGUGUGUUGGGGGGGGGGGGGGGUCGGAGGAAAAUCGCAUCGCUGGUGGUGUUUUGGUUUUGGCUGGAAGGCUGCGCCCACGCGAGACCGCUCCGGGGAAGAGUGGAGCCGAGGGUUUUCCGCGAGCUCCCCAUCGCUCUGGAUCGCGGCCGGGGAGCCGGCUGGGCUUUGGGGAGGCCCCGCACGAGAUGUACCAGAGCUUAGCCAUGGCAGCCAACCCCGGCCCUCCGGCGUACGAGGGGGCAGGUGGCUUCAUGCACAGCGCGGCCGCAGCGUCCCCGGUCUAUGUGCCCACCACGAGGGUCACCUCCAUGCUCCCCAGCCUGCCCUACCUGCAGAGCACCGGCUCUUCCCAGCAAGGCAGCCCCGUCUCCAGCCACUCCAUCUGGACUCAGCCCGGAGCCGAAAGCGCCGCUUACAACCCCGGAUCUUCUCACCCUCCCGUGUCACCUCGGUUCUCCUUCUCCACCAGCACCCCCAUCCCGGUCACCUCUUCCCGGGAAGCGGCGGCGGCUUACAGCAGCUCCUUGAACCUUUCCGCUAACGGGAGGGAGCAGUACAGCAGGGGCUUCGGCAGCUCCUACUCCAGCCCCUACCCGGCCUACAUGAGCCCCGACAUGGCCACGACCUGGACUUCCUCGCCCUUCGACAGCCCCAUGCUGCACAACCUGCAGAGCCGAGGGACGCCCGCGGCCGCCCGCCACGCCAACAUCGAAUUUUUUGAUGAUUAUUCAGAGGGGCGAGAAUGUGUCAACUGUGGGGCCAUGUCCACCCCGCUGUGGAGGAGGGACGGCACGGGGCACUACCUCUGCAACGCCUGCGGGCUCUACCACAAGAUGAACGGCAUCAACCGGCCCCUGUUCAAACCCCAGAGGAGGCUGUCAGCAUCCCGCCGUGUUGGACUCUCCUGUGCCAACUGCCACACAACGACCACCACGCUCUGGCGCAGGAACGCCGAGGGGGAGCCCGUCUGCAACGCCUGCGGGCUCUACAUGAAGCUCCACGGGGUCCCAAGGCCUUUAGCCAUGAGAAAAGAGGGAAUUCAGACGAGGAAACGCAAGCCUAAGAACCUUAACAAAACAAAGGCACCUGCAGGCCCAUCCAGCAGCGAGAGUCUUACCCCGACCACCAGCUCCACCAGCAGCAGCAGCAGCACCACGACCACCGAGGAAAUGCGCCCCAUCAAAACAGAGCCCGGGCUCUCAUCUCACUAUGGGCACCCCAGCCCCGUUUCUCAGGCAUUCUCAGUCUCUGCCAUGUCCGGACAUGGAUCAUCCAUUCACCCUGCGAUCUCAGCUCUGAAGCUUUCCCCCCAGGCUUACCAGUCAACCAUGAGCCAGUCUCCCCAAACCAGCUCCAAACAGGACUCCUGGAACAGCCUGGUGCUGGCUGAGAACCACGGGGACAUCAUAACUGCAUAACCUGCCCCUUUCCCUGUGAACUCCAGGCUGAUACGCUUGAGAGAUGAAGAAGAUGCCACCUAAUCACCAAGUCAAUGUUGUCUCCACCUCCCCUGCUCUCCGGUUUUCUCUCCCCUCGUGAGAUGUUCCAGCAAAGAGGUAAAGAGAACUUAUCCGAGGUGUAGGGGGAGCUCUUACGAAAUGAACAGAGAAGACUCAAAUCUCAGAGUAACUCAAGGAUUUGAAGACUUUUUUCCCCACUUUAAAUGAGCCUCUCUAUCUGACUGCCACCACUUACUAUGAAACAGCCAGAAACACAGAGAUGGACACAGUUCUUGAGUUUUAUUUAACAAUAUCUGGCAUUUUAAGACUCAGACAAUGGUGGAGCAGAGACACUUCUGUCACCACCCUUUCUUUUCCUGAACAGAAGAAAAUGCCAUUGUCUUCUCAUCACCCAAAUUCAGUGAUCUUCCACCAAACGGAGCCAGUUCCAGGACAGUUUGCUGAACAGACUUCACUAGAGAUUCUUUAGUGGCUUUAGUGGAUUUGAUAUGGUGUAGGGCAGAGAAAAGAAGAGACAUCCCUCUUCCUCCUCAGCUCACACAUGUAGAGCAUUGUCUUCAUUUUCCUAGAUGGCCUGGAAAGCUCAUGAAUGUCUGUAUUUAAUAGUAACUCCUUUCCUAUUUAUCACCACGAAAUUGUGGGACUGUUUUUCCAAAAGGUUGUUGGCUGAGCCUGGAGUAGGUCUGUCCAAAGUCAAAGGGGGAUUUUGGAAGAAAGAACCUUCUGGAAGAAGGUAGAUGAGACUCAUGCUGGUCAUCAAACCCUGGAGGAAAUGGCUGGGCUCUUCCCUGAUGGAUAGUGACAAGCCAGGCUUAGAGAUGAUUCAAGAGCACAGCAAGUGAAAGAUGCUCUUCUAACGCUGCUGUGCCAUUGCUUUUCAGACAGAUAAUUUAAUUAUUUUGCCUAUCUUCAUGUUGGUUUGGAUGCCACUGGUGAAAUCUGACUGUCACUUAUUUUUGGGUGUACUGUGAGUGCCCACUUUCCCCCUAACAGCUGGCUCGUGACCACUUCCCCCAUCUAGUCCUUUAGGAUUUCACUUUUUGCAGCAAGCAGUGGCUUCAGCCCCUGCUGGAGGUGGCAGGGGCCGUUUUCUUUAUCAAGCAUAUGCACAGACUUGCUUGCCUGCAAGAGAAGCACAACUCCAUCAAACAAGACUCGACUCUUUGCUUGCCCAUAAGGCUCUCAGCUACCAGGGAAUCCUGGCAACUGGAGUUGGAAGAGAUGCUAAGAGCCCACUGACUCAUUCCCUUUCCCCAAAGGGAUCAGUCCUGCCUAAUCCAGCCCUGACUGCUCUGCCUCUGGUUUAACAAACUCAAACUCCAGCACCGCAGACGCCACAGCUCCCCUGGGCAGUCCAAGUGCUUCACCAGAUGUUUCCUAUGACGUUUGCAUCAACAUUUCCAAGGAUGGACAGCUUUGUCUACCCAUGCAGAGAGUUCCUGGGAGACCUCGUCCCUGGGAGACCUCGUCCUGCAAGAUUCUUCACUCUUGUUUCUGUCUGCUCCCAAGCCCUGUUACCCUUCUUGCCUUCCCAGCUCUUCUUGUUUCCUCUCCACAUCCAGAACUCGAGUACAGAAACCCCAAGUGAAAAAUCUCUAAGAGGGAUUGUGCAACCCUCCCAAAUGUGCCACCCUCUGUCUCCCACAAUUUAACAUUCCCACAAGGAAUGUGGGAAUGUUAAACACAAGCUAAGGCACAUGGCUUGGUGAAGAAGAGAGCCAUGGACAGGUUUGAAGCAAAAGAAUGGCGCUGUUGUCUUUGUUUGAACUCACCCUUUUCCUCCUGGUGGUGUAAAAGCUUCUCUAAGGAGAAGGAUUCGACUGGACUGGUCAUGACUGGAGAGUCCUGGACCCUCCCGCAUUCCCUAUUCUCUCCAUAGCUCAGAUUUUCAGUGUUGUGGAGGGGUGACAGAGCCUCCACACUCCCUAGAGAUUAACACCAUGGCAAUGAUGCCAUGGGAACAGGUGGGUGGUGUUUGCACCAGUUCCCACUCUGUCUUUCGGAACUAAUGCAGUGUUUAGCGUCAUCAGUGCUAAUUACAGAUGAGGGAAAGAUGUUCAUGAAACAUGAAUAAAAAGAAAUGAAAUUCUGUGAUUUUGUUCCGACCUGCAAGGGUUUAGAGAAGAGGUCAGAAAUAGCGCUGAAAAAUAUGAAUUUAAGGUGAAAACACAAAGGUGUUUCUCCAUUGGCAGGAAGAUCUUUAUCCAAACUCCUCCUUGAAGUAAAUCCCUUUGUAAGUGGCAGUCGAGCUCUCCUGGGAUCUGGCUGUGAAUUCCUGGUCAUAACACAGCAGCCUGCACCAUAAAAUUCCACGUGGCUCAUACCAGAUUUUGAGAUAUCCAGAACUGCCCUGGAAAGCCCAAGAGGGAGUGGAGCCUCCAGGAGAGGAUUAAAACUCCAAGCCAACCACACCCCCAUUUCUCUUUCCAUGUGGAGGCUCCCAGUGGUUCUGUCAACCUUCCCUUCCCUAUUGCUGUGCUCCUCCUCCUUCCCUCAAAGCCAAAUUCCCAGGUGGAGUUUUUCUCCUGUCCUUAGAAACCAUUCAGAGAUGCCAGAAAGAACUCUGCUUAUAAUGCCAGAAGGAAAAAUCCCUGCAGAACAUAUCUGCCUUAUGUCCCCUGGGUAGAGAUCUAUGAAGUGGAUUUUGGCCUUCCUCAAAGCCUGAAAAACAAUUCUUCAAACAGAGUGAGGAGCAUUUACAAGUCCCUGCUAACAGAACAAGACAUCUGCUUUCAAAAGGUGAAGCUCUGAGGGUUGUGAGGGCAGCUUUAGGGAUAGAGGACAAGUCUUUAGGGGUAGAAAUUAGCUCUUCUGUCCCCCUUUCUGCAUCAGAAGCAGAAGUUUGGAUACACCAGGUUCAGUGGUUUUUUUCAAUCACCCAAAACUGUUGUAGAGCUGCUGCUGGCCCAAUAGAUUUUGUCUUUUUCAGGCCAACACUGAUAUCAGGAUCAUGUGACACUGACCUCAGAUGCAGCAUCUCCAUUUCAUGCGGGGUACAAACACACCAUAAUUGAUGGGUCCUCUUCUUCAGAGCUCCUAACUAUCAAAUUACUGAAUAAUUUAACUCAGAAGGGAUGAGAUCAGGUCUCUCAAGGCCCUGUUCAGGCAACUUCUGAAUAUUCCUGAGGAUGGAAAUCCCACCACCUCUCUGGGUUCCUGUUCCAGUGUGUGCUGGUUUUGCAUUGACUGAAGAAAGCUGUGGCAAAAACCAAUCAGUGAUGAGGAGCACCGAAACAACGAGCAGGUAGAUCAGGCUGCAAAGGUAGAGGUGUCAAAGACAGACUCAGAUUGGCAAACUUGAAACCACUACACAGUGCUUGACCACCCUCAGGCUGUAAUUGUUUUUCCAAGAAUCACUGGCAAAUUAAUUGCUCCCACUUGGGGAUUCCCACGAAAGUAUUCAUCGUGGGAGGCUGAAUGUGGUCUCCGAGCCCAGGAAUCACUCAGAGCCAGGUCUUGCAGGUAGGAGCUGGGAUGGCCAAUGCAGGAGGCCAAACUCCAGAAGUGACAGACCAAGGGAUGCUCACAGGACAAGAGGAUCAAAGUGCCGCCACUUUCAGGACACUCAGCUCCUUCCAGCAAGAGGAGCCAAUUACAAAAUUCCAGGUUCCACCCAACUCUGCUUUCCUGCUUGUGGUGGGGGAGGCAGUUGGAGCCGGCUUUGGUAAUAAAUUAUAUGCAAUUAUUAGAGACCCAUUAAGGCAAAGUAAUUAUUUGUUUUAUUAUUGCUUUUAUUGCUGGAGGACCUAGCGAGAUCCAUACCAGGUCCUACACAAAUACAGGACUGAGAACUGUCCCUGAGGAGCAAGAGGAAAGGGCUCACUCCUGCAAAACCCCUCAGAACAUUUAAAAAUGUGUUUGUGGGAUUUGUUCCCCUUGAGAUCAUCCCUAAUCAGGAAGAUUUUGACGCUGAAGGGUUUACAGCACAAGGUUUGGUCAUGCCAAACCAGACCUUGGCACCAGCCCAGUCGCCAGCAAAGUGAGAUGGGCAGAUGAGAACCCAGACUGGGAGGCAAGAAAGGUCAUUUAACCACUUCCAAAUGUCUUUGCUCUUUGUGGAAGUGCAGUACGUUGAUCCACUCCGGUUAUUCUUUGUAAAUUGAUCAGACAAGAUCCACAGAUCACUUGCAAUCUUAUGGGCUUGGAUGGAGAGGGUGCAAUCGGGAGGAGCUCAGGAUUAUUGCAAGGGAGCUUUAAAACCAAUCAACAACUCUCAAUGUAACAUUGAAGCUGUGACUGUGUCAGGGGUGGUGUUUUGUUUUGUCUUGCCUUUUUUUUUCUCCCCAUAUAUAAAGUUGGAAGCUUCCCAGGUCAUCUGGGAAGGUCUCGUAGAAACACUUACUUGUAAGGGGGAGAGGGAAACCAACCAACUGAACAAGCUGUAAUUAUUUAAAGAUGUAAAAAAAUAUCUAUUAUGAAGUAGUAUGGCUACCAAUCCACGUAACUUCUACACCUUUAGAACUAAUGGAAAUAAAACAAUGAUAAUAAAACCAGAAGUUUUCUGCUUGA